UCCAAACUGGGUCAUUAUACCCACGGAUCUCGCGCUGAAAGCACACGUUAGAGACGUAGUGCUCUGAAAAUUUCCCGAGUUUUCUUUUACAUUUCAUCUCCUGUUUUGGCAUCGGACUGGAAAAUUCAGAACACUCCCCGUUCCAGCAGAUCGUAGUUUCAUGUAGCGGCCACUUCCUUGGCCGAGAAUUGUUUCUGUGGAGCUAGGGUGCUACGUACUCGUCCUCUUCGGAGCCGCAUCCCGUUCAGCGGAGCCAGUCCGGCAAGAACCCCCGCACUCGUCUGACCCGUCUUCGGCGCCCCUCGUCUUCGUCGAAGACAACCAGCCACGUACCCAUUGGACCCCUUUGUCUUUCCUGUGGAACAGGCAGUUGAUGAGGAGUGGGGUGUGAACUCCUACUCAACCGAAAGAACUCCACUCUGAACUUGGCCUGUCAUCGGCUCAUCGAGUCUACGCCUCACGUCUGGUCGAACCAUUCAUAAUUUAGUGACCGGACAGUCGCCCGUCUGUGAACUCAACUCAAACUCUACGCAGCAUGCAGACGAGUGGAAUGAGGUGCCGAGCCGCUGCAGUCAGUGUCCUUGGUGUCCUGUGGGUCAUCACGGCUGCCUUAGCCUGCCCAGAGAAAUGUUGGUGUAAAGUAUUUAGUGAUUCGUCAAUGGUUAGCUGUUCUCUCCAGGAGUUGAAAGGUGUUCCUAUCAACAUACCACCGAAAACAACUUCUCUAAGCCUGACAUUCAACAACAUACAGAACCUGACUGUUGCGGCUUUCUCCGACCUCAUCAAUUUGGGGGAGCUUGAUCUGGCCAAUAACAACAUCAGCGUUCUUCCUGACGGAGUUUUUUCAAAUCUCACUAGCCUUGAGAUUCUUCGUCUGGACAACAACAACAUCGGCGUUCUCCCUGAUGGAGUCUUCUCAAGUCUCGCCAGCCUUAAGAAGCUUCGUCUGGCCAAUAACAACAUCAGAGUUCUUCCUGGUGGAGUCUUCUCAAAUCUGACCAGCCUGGAGUUGCUAGAUCUGCAGAACAACAACAUCAGCGUUCUUCCUGACGGAAUCUUCUCAAAAUUCACCAGUCUGGAGAGGCUUUAUCUACAGAACAACCCCAUCAGCGUUUUUUCUGACGGAGUCUUCUCACAUCUCACCAGCCUGGAAUGGCUUCUUCUGGCAAGCAACAACAUCAGGGUUCUCCCUGACGGAGUCUUCUCAAAUCUCACUAGCCUGAAACGGCUUCGUCUGUACAACAACAACAUCAGCGUUCUCCCUGACGGAAUCUUCUCACAUCUCCUCAGUCUGGAGAUACUUGAUCUGCAAAAAAACCACAUCAGUUCUCUUCCUGGCGGAUUCUUCUCAAAUCUGACCAGCCUGGGGACGCUUAAUCUACAGAACAACGACAUCAGCGUUCUUCCUGACGGAAUCUUCUCACAUCUCCUCAGCCUGGAGUUGCUUGGUCUGCAGAACAGCAACAUCAGCGUUCUUCCUGACGGAAUCUUCUCAAAUCUUAUCAGCCUGGAGACACUUGAUCUACAGAAAAACGACAUCAGUUCUCUUCCUGACGGAGUCUUCUCAAAUCUGACUAGCCUGGAGAGGCUUUAUCUACAGAACAACCGCAUCCGCGUUCUUCCUGAUGAAGUCUUUUCACAUCUCCUCAGUCUGAAAUGGCUUCGUCUGGAGAAGAACAGCAUCAGCGUUCUUUCCGAUAGAGGUUUCUCACAUCUCACCAGCCUGAAAUGGCUUCGUUUGGACAACAACAACAUCAGCGUUCUUCCUGACGGAGUCUUCUCAAAUCUUACCAACCUGGAUAGUCUUUAUCUGCAGAACAACCACAUCAGCGUUCUUCCGGAUGGAAUCUUCUCACAUCUGACAAGUUUGAAACGGUGCAUUCUGUCGAACAAUAGCAUUUCGGAUAUUUCAACGGGAGAUUUCUUACAGCUUAGAUACCUAAAACAUUUGCUUUUAAAGAACAACAACAUACAGAAUCUGCCUAUUGAUUUAUUUUCAACUCAAACUACCCUUGAAAUACUAGACCUGUCCGAUAAUUACAUAGAAGUUCUCCCAGGCACAGUUUUCUCAAAUCUUACCAGUCUAACCAGGUUGAACCUGUCCAAUAACAACAUACAGACUCUAUCCGUAGACAUCACACGUCUUCCUCAGCUGACUACCCUCGCCAUAGGUGGGAACCCCUGGAGGUGCGACUGCAGAUUACAGAAUCUAAUGACGCCACGUCUGCGAGCUUUAAUCCAGGGGAAUCCAACCUGCAGCUCCCCUCCCCACAUGGAAGGUGUCGCUCUGCCACUCGUCGUGGCAGCCACGGUUUGUCACGGCCACGGGGACUGCACCUUGGAAGGUGAAGAGGGUACUUGUGCUUGCAAUGAAGCCUGGACUGGUCCAUACUGUGAUAAAGAAGCUAACUUGGCCUAUGGAAAGACAGCAACACAGAGUUCCACCUACACCUACAACGGGGUAUCGGGAGGACCAGAAAAGGCUGUUGAUGGCUACAGAGGGACUGAUGCCAGGCGGCGUGUCAGUGAGUGCGCUCGGACCAAGAUAGAAUAUCAGCCAUGGUGGAAGGUAGACCUGGCAGGUUUCUACACAGUCAGCCGGGUCAGCGUUCUUAACAGAGGAGGCUCGCGCAAGUUGCGGGCAUUCGCACUAAGAAACUUCAUGGUGCGAGUUGGCCCGAACGAGAACUUCACCCAAAAUGACCAAUGCGGACAGACUUACUCGACCACUCCGACAGCUGGACAGACUAUCGUCGUGCACUGUGACCCGCCGAUACCAGGCCGUUAUGUCUCCGUUCACAUCAUGGCCAUGGGGCAGAGGAGGACCUUGACAGUGUGUGAGGUGGAGGUCUAUGUUACAGGAGUCUGCUGUGACCAUACAAUCAGGAUAAAGAACGGCCAGGUCAAAGCUACUGACGGCUACUGCCCUGGGAACGACAUCCAGUUCUCUUGUGAUACUGGGUACGAGCUUGUCGGCAACUCCUUCGCUAUCUGCCGGGACGAGGGUUGGGACCGAAGGAUUCCGACUUGCCAACGUAUCUGCUGUGACGCCAUCACUGAAAUCACAAACGGCCAGGUCAAUGCUACCGACGGCUACUGCUCUGGGAACAACAUCCAGUUCUCUUGUAAUCCUGGGUACGAGCUUGUCGGCAACUCCAAUGCCUCUUGCCAAGAGGACAAAAGUUGGGGUAGACAGAUACCAACUUGUCGCAAACCACCUACAGAAGAGAGCCUGACCUCCAUCGAAGCCAUCGUUGGCGGCGCCAGUACCGGUAUUGUCGCAGCGCUGAUCGUGGCAAUUUCAGUCUUCGUUGCAUUCUUCCUAAGACGACGGAAUAAGAAAAGGGAAGACUGCCAAAUAUCGAUACAUUACUUUGUACCAGAUGAUAAAAUAAUCCACAGGAGGAGAAUACAGGAGAUGGUCCCGCUGGUGCCUGCCCGGCCAGAGUUCCCGGGUUUCGAGGUCGACCACAGCCGGGUGACGCUUGGCGAGAGGAUCGGCAGCGGGGCGUUCGGCCUUGCUUACCGGGCAACCCUGACGACCAACGAGGAGUCAGAGGACGUCGUCGUAAAAACUGUUAAAGACAACGCCAGUGAGGAAGACAAGCUGAGUUUCCUGCAGGAAAUCCGUGCAGUUGUGGAUCUGGGGGUUCAGAAGAACCUGCUGGGUCUGGUUGGCUGCUGCACGGUGGUGCGAGACCAUCUGUAUCUCAUCACGGAGUUUAUGCCGUACGGAGACCUGAAGGGCUUUCUAAGGAAAUGUCAGGAGGGUAUUCCUGAUGGACCUCGAGACGACAUCUACAACUUCGAGGUGAUGCAGAUGUACCAGGUGGGCCGGCAGAUCGCUAGAGGCAUGGACCACAUCGCCCGGUCCCGUUACAUCCAUGGUGACCUGGCCGCCCGGAACGUCCUGGUCGGGGAGAAGCUGACCGUGAAGAUUUCCGACUUCGGGCUGGCGGAAGACAUCUACAGCCGAGGUUACCGUCGGCAGAACCGCCUCCAGAAGGUGCCGUGGAAAUGGAUGGCGCCCGAGCGGCUGCAGGGUGGGGAAGCCUACACCGCACAGAGCGACGUGUGGUCCUUCGGGAUAGUGCUGUACGAGAUAAGUACGCUAGGGGGCGAUCCUUAUCCUGACAUGGCAAUUGCCCACCUGCAAGAACGCCUACAGACUGGGUUCAGGAUGUCUAAACCUGGGGGCUGCCCCGCCGGCAUGUACGACCUGAUGCUGCAGUGCUGGCGCUGGCAGCCCGCCGAGCGGCCGUCCUUCCGCACACUGGAGCUCGACCUGGACAAGCAGCUCGCCUUCUACGGACCCGAGUACGCUACACCAACUCCCUGUACAUGAAAUGUCAUCUCGACCUGGACAAGCAGCUCGCCUUCUACGGACCCGAGUAAGCUACACCAACUCCCUGUACUUGAAAUGGCACAUCGUUCCUCAAUUUACAAUAAAAUGGGACAACAUGACGUAUAAAAUAAUUGAAUAUAGCUAGUAUGUACAUGUCGCGAUCGAUUUAAUAAGUGGUAAUCACAGAACUCAUAUGCUAUAUAUGAAAGUAUAAGCUUUGUAGACGAUGCUUAAGAUGAGUCGUUGUUGGAUGGACAGGUUCUUGACGGUUUUCUACGCAUGAGAAACCACUCUUUGUACAGAAAAAAGAACUGUUUGAGAACUUAUUUUAACUAAAAAUUUUUUUUAGUAAGUAGAAAUUCAAUUCUACUGUGUCCAUUUUGUAGACAGUCGCUAUACUUUUUGUUGUGUCAAUUUAUAUAUAUAUAUAUAGCUUCCGCCAAUAAUGUAAUGAAACUAUAUGUAAACCGUGUCAUUUUAUUUUCUAUCUUUAAACCAUAAGUCUUCUGAUGGAUAAAACUCUCCCUACUUCACCUGUUUUUAUAAUCAAUGGAACACGAUGAAGUACCUGUUUCUUAUCUACUCGGGUGUGGUUACAGUCGAACUUAAAAAGGGCAAUGUAAGUGGUAUGAAAAGACUAUUUUGGCUUAAAUGUAUGUUCAAUCACAACAUUGAACACUUGAUAUCAUAAGUAGUCAUUGUAUUUAGAAAUACGUGUUAUUAUACAAUCAAAAUACAAUAUUAUACAAUGGCAAA